GAGGAAGGAGCCGCCGCCAUUUUGGGAGCUUCGAGUCAACAAUAAAGGAGCGAGGCUGCCGAACGGGAGUGGCCUCGGCGGUAGGACUAGGGCCCGAGCCGCGGGGAGUUGGAUUGAAGUGAGUGAAUUCAGAUCUAUAAUUCAACCUUGUUAGAAGGCUUUUUAAAAAAUAAAAAGUUGAUUCGGUGCAUGAGAGCAAGUUACUGCUGCUUACCAUUCAGAGACUUAACAGGUGCUUGCCUGCAUUGCAAUAAAGGACUCAUACAUUGAGCAAGACUUAUUUAUCUCUUCGUUUUGGAGAGCCUAAUAAACUGUUAUUACAGUUUCUCUACUGACUUUCAAAAGUUUUGAAGUUUGAAAGAGGCAUCUUUACAAUUAAUACAGCAUGAGCACGGCCAGAACAGAGAACCCUGUUAUAAUGGGUCUAUCCAGUCAAAAUGGUCAGCUGAGGGGCCCUGUGAAGCCUAGUGGUGGCCCUGGAGGAGGGGGCACACAGACACAGCAACAGAUGAACCAGCUGAAAAACACCAACACAAUCAAUAAUGGCACUCAGCAGCAAGCACAGAGUAUGACCACCACUAUUAAACCUGGUGAUGACUGGAAAAAGACUUUAAAACUCCCUCCAAAGGAUCUAAGAAUCAAAACUUCGGAUGUGACCUCCACAAAAGGAAAUGAGUUUGAAGAUUACUGUUUGAAACGGGAGUUACUGAUGGGAAUUUUUGAAAUGGGCUGGGAAAAGCCAUCUCCUAUUCAGGAGGAGAGCAUUCCCAUUGCUUUAUCUGGUAGGGAUAUUUUAGCUAGAGCAAAAAAUGGAACAGGCAAGAGCGGUGCCUACCUCAUUCCCUUACUUGAACGGCUAGACCUGAAGAAGGACAAUAUACAAGCAAUGGUGAUUGUUCCCACUAGAGAACUUGCUCUACAGGUCAGUCAAAUUUGCAUCCAGGUCAGCAAACAUAUGGGAGGGGCCAAAGUGAUGGCAACCACAGGAGGAACCAAUUUACGGGAUGACAUAAUGAGACUUGAUGACACAGUGCACGUGGUGAUAGCUACCCCUGGGAGAAUCCUGGAUCUUAUCAAGAAAGGAGUAGCAAAAGUUGAUCAUGUCCAGAUGAUAGUAUUGGAUGAGGCAGAUAAAUUGCUAUCACAGGAUUUUGUGCAGAUAAUGGAGGAUAUUAUUCUCACGCUACCUAAAAACAGACAGAUUUUAUUAUAUUCUGCUACUUUCCCUCUUAGUGUACAGAAGUUCAUGAAUUCCCAUUUGCAGAAACCCUAUGAGAUUAACCUGAUGGAGGAACUAACAUUGAAGGGAGUAACCCAGUACUAUGCUUAUGUAACUGAGCGCCAAAAAGUACACUGCCUCAACACACUUUUCUCCAGGCUUCAGAUAAACCAGUCGAUCAUUUUCUGUAACUCCUCUCAGAGAGUUGAAUUGCUAGCCAAGAAGAUUUCUCAACUGGGUUAUUCUUGCUUCUAUAUCCAUGCUAAAAUGAGGCAGGAACAUCGAAAUCGUGUGUUUCACGAUUUCCGAAAUGGCUUAUGCCGCAAUCUUGUUUGCACUGAUUUGUUUACCCGAGGUAUUGAUAUACAAGCUGUGAAUGUGGUGAUAAACUUUGACUUCCCAAAGCUGGCAGAGACCUAUCUCCAUCGUAUUGGAAGAUCAGGUCGCUUUGGUCAUCUUGGCUUAGCCAUCAACUUGAUCACAUAUGAUGAUCGCUUCAACCUGAAAAGUAUUGAGGAGCAGCUGGGAACAGAAAUUAAACCUAUCCCAAGCAACAUUGACAAGAGCCUGUAUGUGGCAGAAUACCACAGCGAGCCUGUAGAAGAUGAGAAACCUUAACAAGCAUGCUUUGACAAAACUACAGAAGGCUCUUUGGAUCUGUGACACAUCGUUUUUUUUUGGGGGGGGGAAUGCUCUUCUCUUUGUGGGUUUUUCAUCUUCUUUUAUUUUGGAACUAUGAAGACUUUAAAGAGCUCAGACAUUUUUUUUUUCUUUUUUUAACUGGUGAAGAGAAAAAAGCUGAAAAAGAAGGAAUUUACCUUUUUUGUUCCACUUGUUUGCACUGUGUGCUGACUGAACAUUAGUUGCACUAACUGCUGGUUUUUAAAAAAUGUUUCUGGGGAAGGGGGACAAGGAAGGAGGAAAAAGAAGAGAAGGGGAGAAACCCUAAAAAGAGAAGAAUCUUGAUGAACACACAAGCUUGUCGAAGAUUUCAAAAUUCUCCAACAGCUGACUCUGAGUGCAUUUCAACUUCUCCCUGAUUACUCAUCCGGUUUUUUAAGCCUGAAGAGCUUAUUACUUAUUUGUGCGAAGUGCCUUAUGCUAUGAGACCAUUCAGAAUAUCAUCUUUUAGACACAGCCCAAGGAAUUGACAAUACUGGUUUUCUUUUUACUUUCUUUUAAAAAUUUUUGUCUUCAUUUUGUUUCAAGUUGAAGUCUCUUCCCUUUCUACCUGAUACUCAAGCCAGGGGCUGGAAGAUGAAACAUAUUAGUAAUGUUAAACACCAUUUUCUUUUCUUUAUAUGGAGGAGUUGAUAUGCAACUGCAGUUCAUCCGCACUGUAAAUACAUGUAUUUAAAAAAAACAAUCCCAAGUAAAAAUUUCUUCUGGGCUGAGUAGUUACAACAUCAUCGCUCCCAAAGGAAAGAGCAGUCUAUCAUUGCAGGAGCCAUAUGACAAGCCUUUGUGCUCUAUCGCAGAACACUAAAGACUGGUUUACAUACGCCUCCAUUAGCAGUUAUGGCACUUGAUGUGUAGACAUGUCAGAGCCUUGACCCUCUUUCCUCUGUGGCAAAGCGUGUCCCAUAGAAAACUGGGUGUGUAUACUUGUAUAAACUUUGUAAAUAAGUUUUUUUCUGGGUUCAUAUAUAUAUAUACAUAUAUAUAUAUAUAUUUUUUUUUUGGAUGAAGGUUGCUGGGGUUAAGGGGAUUAGAGUGAUUAUGGGAGCAGCUAAAGAUGAGAGGGGCUCAGUUUUCCGCAACACUAAAUUCUAAAAAGUACUUUUGGCCUCUUAUAGAGAGCAGAUCUUUUUGGGACCCUCAGUUGGAAAAGGGACCCUGAAGUCUGAGAUUCACUGUUUGCUGUCACACUGUCGAAUCUAGUACCUUUGGAGGAGGCCUACCAGAGAGCAAGAAAGCUUCAAAAACCCAUAAUUCAAGAUGUUAUUUUUUAGAAGCUCUCUCUGAUUUUGCUUCUUCCCCCUUUUAAAAAGUUUGAGGAACUUUUCAAGCUUGGCAAAAGGGAACAAGAUUAAUCUGUCUUGCAGUGGGAAUUCUAUGAGUGGCAGUGUCUUUGAGCAGUGUAUGUAUAAAGCAUAGAUUUGCAUUUCAGAAUAUUAGCUGGGACAAGCUUUGGUAAGGUUAGCAGUUCUGGGGCUUACUUUCUGUGGAUCACCUCCUGUACUGUGUAUGUGUGUGUGCGCGCGCGUGCGUUGCCCUCUGCCUAUCUUGAUACAUAAAUUCGCAGGAAUGGGCAACCCCUGAGAGCUGUUAACUUUCAUGCUACAGAAAGCUGCUUGCCAUCCUCUUGCUUUGUGACAAGAAUUACCUGUCAUUUUGCAUUGUAAAUUGCUGGCAAAUGCUUAACAGGCAAUAGUGUUGCUUUAAAUUGUGCCCCUCCCAACAUGCUUGAUGUUUGGCCUGAUCUCCAGGCAAAAGGAGUGAGAUGAAUCAAAACCAGUGAACUUUUUUUUUUUUUUUAAAUGUUUUUAAUUCCCUUUUAACCCAGUGUACUAGGUCAAUCAGGAGGCAUCUGGGGAAGGGGGGAAGCAAAAAGUUAAAAAGCUUUUGAGAUCCAUAUUCCAUUGUUUUUGAAAACCCUAAAAUAAAAGUCUUGCAUAUGCUUUCAUGCUUAACUCACCCGGAUGAAGAAAUCAGUUAUUCCAAGUUGCUUUUUUGACUCUGUCUAGUUCUAAACAAAAUAACUUGUGACUCACCCAGAAUUCCUUAAGGAUCAAAAUCCUGCAGAUGCCUCCUGAUCAGACAUAGCCCUGACUCUUUAAAAAUUGUAGCAAGAGCUGCACAGUACAUACCUAAAACAGAACAAGCUCAUUUAUUUGGUAUCCAGACCAUAGUUCAAUCUAGCCCAUGUUGCUUACUAAAUACAUAUCUUAAGGAAAUAACUUUUUCCAGGGAAAAGUUGGGGGAGGGAAUUUAAAAGGCAUCAACUUUUGACCAAAAAAUCGUGCCCUUGUACUGAUGCAGCUCUUCCCCCCCCCAACCCCUGGCGAGAAAAGAGGGAUCAUUUAUUAUACAAGAUAAAGCAAGAAGCAAUUUUGUAUCUCGCUAGAGUGUGUGUGUGGGUGACUGACCAGCGCAGUCUCCUUUGCCAGCCUCAGACUGCUCACCCAGUGCCACAUGUCUAUGGGUCCCUCUUAAAGCACAGACUUAAAUUGAAAGUAUUACUGAAGUACAACCUCUGAUGAGGAGUGGCACUUAAACUAUCUGGGACACCACUAUUGGACAGUCUUGUAGAGGCAGCUGUCCAGUUUUGGUGCUUAACUUUUGACUAGGAGUUGUUGAAUGGAAAGAUGCUCUAAGGACUAGGUCAAAUCCUGGUCUUUUUUUUUUUUUUUUUUUUUUUUAAACACCUCCCCCCUCGAUAAGGAGCAUUGUUACUAUUGCAAAUUGUUUUUAUAUUCUUUCCAUUAUUUGGUGUUCAUUUUAAGUGAUGACCUUUUUCCAGUGGUUCAUUUGGAUGAAAAUUAUUCCCUAUUUUUAAUAUUUAAAUUACGUCCAACUCAUGGUUUAGCCUGUGGUUGUAUAGUUGUGUAAUGGGGUUUUGACUGUUACACACCUUGCUGCCUCUAGGCCUGUUUUUUCUUUCUUCCAUGUGUUCCAAUGGGGAAAACUUUCUUGCCUUUCCCUCAGGGAUGGGAUAAAGUUACUCAAAAUUAUCUUCCAUGGGAAGAAAUAAGAGAGAAGGAAACCUAAAUAUGUCUAAAUUAUUUUCAUGUUGAUUCCAGUGUCAUCAAAUGGGUUGGCCCCAAAGGCUGGGGGUGGGGGUGGGGUGGCAAUUGGUUAUCUUAUUUAUUUAUUUUUUUUUUUUUUCAGAAUGAGAUGGGAGCAUCUUUCCUUUGCCACGUGCUUUGUGUUUGAUAACAUCAUGCUUGGGUUAGAACCAGACAACUCAGCACAAAGCCUUGAUUGUUGGAAUCAAAACAUCUCAUUCUGAUGACUUGUUUAUUUUUUUUUUAAUAGGGGUGGGAGGGAGAUUACUAUGCCCCAAAAAGGGAGGGUGUCUGCACUAAGGAUUUAGAGACACUUUGGAAGCUCAUAACCUCAUGAGAAACUGCCUUUAGCCACACUCCUGACCUUAUAGAUGAGUAACAAAAAAUGAACUAAGUUUUUGGGAAUUAAGCCAUGUUUUAAUUUGCUACUUUUGCCAGCAGUCUAGAUAUCUUAAAAAUUGAUAGGGUGGAAUCAUUUUCAGGCAAAACAGCUAUUAAGCAAAAUUAGUGACCUCGUGGCCACUAAAGUUGGUCAGUUUUUUUGGUGGACUUCAGUUGAUAUUGGCAAGAUUGUAGAUCUAUCUACUGUAUAUCCUUGAAGAUAGUUUUUUAAAACUCCCAAAGAGAACCUCCUGAGUUAAAAACUCAUCUUUGGGGUAAAGUUAAGUGACCAAAGGUUAAAACAGUUUAUGAGGUCAGAGGGAGCUAGCCUGAUGCUUGGACUCUGCCCCUCCACAGCUGAUAGACUCCAACAGAAGUGUAUUUAAAUUCUCCAGUAGACAAUACUGGGCAGGGCAAGGGAGGGGAUAGGGUUGGGUUAUUAAGAUACAGACUUCUGUAUUUUAACCAGAGGUUGUGGGGGAGGGUUGUCUGGAGCAAACAAAGUCACUGUUCCCUUUUUUGAAAACAAAACUAAAACUUGAAAAUUAUUUUUUGUUCAGUAAAAAUGGGAGACAAUUCUAAUAUCCCUAGUCACAAGGGAUCAGUUCCACUGAGAAGUGAACAGUGGAGACUCAAAAUUUUGGAAACAUUUGGGGAAAGGGAAAAAUUGGCAUUCUGUUAAUUGGCAAAUGUUCCAGUGGGGCUGUUUUUGUUGGGAUGUGUUAUGUUGUAUGUGCCCGUAUAUGGACCAGUCUGCUAAGUUAUAAGGGUCAGAAAAGAUGGUUGGUAAAAUCUUGAUUUUUUUUUUUUUUUGUUAAUUUAUCUCAAUAAAAGCCCACUGGAACUCCAAAUGUGUGUGUCGUGUGUCCUUAGC